AUGCGGGUCCUGCUGCGGCACGCACAAGAAGACAGAGCGUCAGCCCUCAACAGCGGGGGCGCCUCCGCAACCGAAGGAGACAUCGAACAGCCCCUGCUGACAGAGCCCUCCCUUCAGCCCCUCGCCCGCGGCCGCUCGCCCAGCGUCCAUUCCCUGCCCUCCCGCUCCCCGCCGCCGCCGCCGUCGCCCAACGGCGGCGGCAGCGCCGCCCUCGACCCGCCGCCGGGGGCGCCCUCCUUCAGCUUCGGCGGCCGCGAGUGGGACGGCCCCAUCUCCCCGCCAUCCGGCGGCGGCGGCCUGUCGGUGAUGCACGGGUCGUACAACGCGGCGCGGCGGGACCGAGUCGACCGCGCCGCCGCACGCCACGGCGGCGCUGGGCCGGGGCCCGGGCCCGGCGCCAAGGGGCCGCGCGCGCCGGUGACGGACCCGCUCGCCAGCCGGCCGGUCACGCCGCUUGCGCGGGAGGUGAAAUGGUACGUCCGAGACGCUGUCGCCCUGCGCGACAUGAUCACGGGCAGCUACUUCAACUUCCUGCUGGUGUGCGUGCCCCUGGGCUUCGCGGCCUGGGCCGGGAGCUGGGGCGCGGUCCCCGUGUUUGUGCUCAACUUUCUGGCGCUGGUGCCGCUGGCGCUACUGCUGGGUGACGUCACCGAGGACCUGGCGGUGGGCGGUUCAUAA